CAUCACAAUAGAACUGCCUCGCGAGUUUGCUCCACCCUCAAAUUAUCAUUAUGCCCAAAAAAUAAAACAAUAUCACAAUUAUCUCCCGUCAUCAUUCACCUCUCUCUCUCUCUCUCUCUCUCUCUCUCUCCCCCCUCUUGUUGGCCAUCAGUCAGUGCCACUCCUGCAUCAACCUCCGAUCAGAUCCUUCUGAAUCACCUCCCUGUGACAGGAAGAACUCUCUCUCUCUGCUCGCCAUGGCUUCCCCCACCUCGUCCUUAGAUCUCAACCUACUUCCCUCUCCCAAAAUCGAGCCAAAAUCAGAACCUCGCGAAUCCAACUCUUACAUCGGGCCCAUCCCACAAAUCCCGAAUCCUAAUUCCACACCAGACCUAAACUCACUAUGCAUCGUCCGCUUCACUGACCCUAACACUCCUCUGCUGCAUCUCUCUCCGACGGCCACAGACGAAGAAGCUCUUUUUUUGGAGUUCUAUCGGCUGGCUCACCUCUUCAUGGCCUCCUACGCCUCUUCAAACUCCCAUCCCAACCCUCUCGCAUCGGCUCCCCCGCCGUCGUCCUCCCUUUCUUCCUCUCCCUCUCUCUCUCCAUCCUCCACGUUAAUUAUUUCGAAGAAGCGGAAAGCUCGCUCGGCGGAGAUGGUACGUGUCUCCUCCCUCGGCGAACAGGACCAGAUCUACUUCAGGGACCUCGUCCGUCGCACUAGGAUCACCUUCGAGUCGCUUAGGGUUUUGAUCAUCCGCGACGAGGCGAAGGGAGAGGGUUUGGGGGCUUUUGGAAAGAGAAGUCGUGCCGAUCUUAAAACCGCAGCGUUAAUGACCGAUCGCGGACUAUGGCUUAAUAGGGAUAAGCGGAUUAUUGGCUCGAUACCUGGGAUUUUCGUAGGGGACGUCUACUUUUUUAGAAUGGAGCUUUGUGUGAUUGGCUUGCAUGGUCAGGUCCAAGCUGGGAUCGAUUAUGUACCUGCUAGCCGCAGCAGCAAUGGAGAGCCUAUUGCCACCAGCAUUAUUGUUUCAGGUGGCUACGAGGAUGAUGAUGAUGGUGGGGACGUUCUGAUAUAUACAGGUCAUGGAGGAAGAGACCGGAAUCUGCAUAAGAUGUGUGAUGCACAGAAACUUGAGGGAGGAAAUUUAGGGCUUGAGAGAAGCAUGAGGUAUGGGAUUGAGGUGCGAGUGAUUAGAGGAGUAAAGUUUGAUCAGAGCCCAACGGGGAGAUUAUAUGUCUAUGAUGGGCUUUAUAAGGUUGUUGAUUGCUGGCUGGAUACGGGAAAGUCUGGAUUUGGUGUAUACAAGUACAAGCUUCUGAGAAUUGAGGGACAAGAAGAGAUGGGCAGUGCUAUUCUUAAAAUGUCACUUAGCUUGAAAAUUAAUCCUUUGAGCGUGAGGAAAAAUGGUUUGUUCUGUAAUGAUAUCUCCAUGGGGAAGGAAACUGUUCCUGUUUCACUGUAUAAUGACCUAGAUGAUGAUCAGGAUCCUUUGCAGUUUGAAUACCUAGCUCGACCAAUUUAUCCACCUGAUGUCCAAGAGAAGUUUAAUGGUGAGGGCAAUGGUGGGUGUGAGUGCAGAACAAAUUGUUCUGAUAAUUGCUAUUGUGCUACUCUGAACGGGGGUGAAUUUGCUUAUGGAGGAAGUGGAGUUCUUCUGAGAGGAAAACCAUUGAUUUAUGAGUGUGGUAUAGCAUGCCAGUGUCCCCUGAGUUGCCCAAACCGAGUGAGUCAGAAGGGGCUUAAGCACCAGUUAGAGGUUUUUAGAUCCAAUGAAACUGGGUGGGGUGUUCGGUCAUUGGAUUUGAUUAGAGCUGGGUCCUUCAUCUGUGAGUUCAGUGGGAUAGUGCUAACAAAGAAGCAAACAGAACUGCUUUCUCAAGCUGGUGAAAGUUUGGUGUAUCCCAAUAGAUUUCCAGGAAGAUGGGCUGAAUGGGGAGAUAUAUCUGAUGUUUUCUCAGAUUAUUUGCCUCCAAAAUACCCUUAUCUGCCUGAUUUGAGCUUCUCCAUAGAUGUUUCAAAAGCAAGGAACAUUGCUUGUUAUUUAAGCCACAGUUGUAGCCCAAAUGUGUUUUUGCAGUUUGUUCUGUAUGAUCAUUAUAAUGUCUCAUAUCCCCAUCUUAUGAUCUUUGCAAUGGAAAAUAUUCCUCCUUUGAGAGAGUUGAGUAUAGACUAUGGGGUUGUAGAGGAGUGGGUUGGGAAAUUGACACUAUAGCUACUCAAAAAUAUCGUUACGAUCUUUUGGUGACUAGCAACUUGCUAGUGCUUUUUGUGGUUCACCAUCCAGCAGAUAUGGAUUGUCCUACGUCACUUCCUCUCUUUGCACUCAUGCACAUCCUACAAACAGACGACGCUGCGCGCACAUUUUUACCAAGUCAGAUUC